AAGCAGGGUACAAAGGAAAUCAAGUUUGGAAAUUUCUAAUUGACGAUACUUUAAAUAUAUAAAUAUGAUAAUAUGUAUAACAUGUUAUAUAUACAUAUAUAUAUUUUUUUUUCAUCUUGAUCAUCAUUCGAUGCAAUUGUAUAUAUAUAUAUAUAUAAAACUCUAUAUGUAUAUGUAUUAAAACGCAUUACAUGUGUAGUGUAAUUAUGAUAAAUACUUUUGUUACGGCUAAAUAAAUUAUAAUUUUAAAAUAUUACACACGAAUUAAUCGGCAAAACCUUUAUUCCAUCUGUAUAACGUUUUAAUAAUAACAUUAAUAUUAACGUGUGUCAGAUAUGACGACUGAAAUUCGUGAUUAUCUAUGUAUUUAUGUGUGUAUAUAUAUAUAUAUAUAUAUAUAUAUAUAUUUGACAAGCGAAAAAAAAAAGAGAAUCGAAUACGUAUGUUGAAUCGAAAACGUGUUAUCAACUAUAUUCACGAAUUUCGUAAAUAAAUAAUAAUAAUCUAAUUCUACGUUAAAAAUAGUUGUUAAAAAUUUGAAUUUCUGCAAAAAACGCUAAAAAAAGAUGGCUAAAAUCGGUCAACAAAAAGAAUCUGAAAUGGUAAUCAUAUAAUGUUCUAAUUUUGAAUUCAUUUUAUUUUUUAAAUCGAUAAAAUGUUUAUCAGGACGAAGAAGACACGCGACUGCAAGAAGAACUAUUUCAACUGGCCGAUGUAUUACUAGUAAAUAAGAAUUAAUAUACGAUUUAUUUUUUUAAUUUAAUAAUUAUUAUGAAUCAUGAUCUAACCCGAGCAUUCAAUGACGUGUCAAUUAUAAUUUGAGGGAAAGGACGAAGAUGCAAUGUUGAUAGCUCUAAGUCAACUUCGAUUAUUAAUGCAAACCUCGACUACCUCGAUGACUUCGGUACCAAAACCGCUCAAAUAUUUAAAGAAGACGUAUAACGAUAUGAAAAAUGCUUAUGAAAAUAUUCAAAACGACAAAGUGAGACAUCAAUUUGCGGAAGUGUUGAGCGUAUUAUCGAUGGCAGGGGCACUGCCAGGAUCCAAAGAGUGCCUUCGAUAUUGCAUCCAAGGUGAGGUAACGAAACCUGGCGAAUGGGGUCAUGAGUACAUAAGACAACUCGAAGGUGAAAUCGUAGAUGAAUGGACAAAUUCUCCUGUAAAAGAAGAGAAUCGUAUAAGAACAGAGCUUGCUCCUUUAGUAAAAGGUAUCAUAAAAUUCGACAUGAAGCAUAACGCCGAAAUACCUGGAUGCGAUCUAUGUUUAGAGAUCGAUCAAUUGAAUUUUUUAAACGAAUCUUUGGAUAUCACGAAUUUUGAAAGAGUUUGUCGAUAUUUAGAGAGUUGUGCGGCCUACAGCGAGGAUACCGAAAGAAGACAAAUAUUGCAAGUCGUAGUUGAUCAUUACUUACGAUUCAAAGAAUAUUGCAAAGCAAUGUUAGUAGCCCUUCAACUGGGAGAUUCAGAUCUUGUACACAAAUGUCUCGUCACUUGCCCUGAUACUUUAAUGCGAAAACAAUUGGCAUUCAUACUCGUUAGACAAAGGGAGACCCCGUUGAAAAAGGAUUAUCAAGGAGACGAUGCAAAGGAUAUCGAAGCAAUUUUGAGCAAUAGCCACGUAAACAAUCAUUUCCAUUUACUCGCAAGGGAACUCGAUAUUUUAGAACCUAAACACCCGGACGACAUUUACAAAACCUGGUUAGAAACCAAUACCCUGAGACGCGCGGAACACGAUUCAGCCAGAGCCAAUCUAGCAGCCACGUUCGUUUCCGGUUUCGUUCAUGCCGGUUUCGGCCAAGAUAAACUGAUGGACAACACUUCAGAAUGUUGGGUUUAUAAAAAUAAGGAACACGGAAUGCUUUCUGCAACCGCUUCCUUGGGACUGAUACAUAUGUGGGACGUAGAUGGUGGACUGGUACCUAUCGACAAAUAUCUUUAUACGAACGAUUACAACAUCAAAGCAGGUGCUUUACUUGCUAUAGGAUUGGUUAAUUGUGGCAUUCGCAAUGAAUGCGAUCCAGCGCUGGCACUUCUCAGCGAUUACGUGUCCUCUGAAAACGCCACGUUGAGAAUUGGGGCCACUUUGGGUCUAGGUUUGGCUUAUGCUGGUUCACAAAGAUCUGAUGUUACGGAGCUUCUAACGGGAGUUCUGGUGGACAAUGGAAGUACCAUGGAAGUUAUGUCUUUGGGAGCAAUUGCGAUAGGAUUGAUAAACGUUGGUUCUGCCGAUGCCGAAGCUUCUUCGACCCUUCUACAGAAACUAUUAGAAUUUACUCCUCAAAAGUUAUCUAGUACCCAUUCUAGAUUUCUGUCACUGGCACUGGGAAUGGUUUACAUGGGUUGUCGCGAUGUCAUAGAGGCUUCUUCGGCCGCACUUGAAGUCUUACCAGAUCCUUACAAACUUGCUGCGCAGACUAUGCUACAGGUGUGUGCAUACGCUGGGACAGGGGAUGUAUUGAUUGUUCAGGAAUUGUUACGAAUAUGUUCGGAGCCGGUGGAUGGUGAAAGUAUUCCCGCUACGCCGGCUAGCAGUCCUGUGAGCAGUUGUUGCGAUCAACGCCAUCGAGUUAUCGAAUUUUCUGAGAAAAAAGCCAAAGAGAAGUUAGAAGAGAAACAACACGGGGGAUCAAAAGAAAUCGGCUCGUCGCAGGCCAUAGCUACUUUGGGUGUCGCUGCUGUUGGGCUGGGAGAGGGAAAAGAGAAUUCGAGGAUAUUCGGCCAGAUUGGAAGAUACGGUUCUAUAUACGCAAGACGAGCAAUGCCACUGGCCCUAGGGCUAUCUUCUUUGUCAAAUCCAGACUUGGCAGUUCUCGACGUCCUAAACAAAUACAGCCACGACAAUGACUCCGAGGUAGCCAACAGUGCAAUCUUUGCUCUCGGUCUCGUCGGUGCAGGAACAAAUAAUGCCCGACUUGCCACCAUGUUGAGACAAUUGGCCUGCUACCAUGCGAAAAAUCCCUUACAUCUAUUCCUCGUUCGAAUUUCCCAAGGCUUAGUUCAUCUUGGCAAAGGUACUUUAUCCAUAUCUCCGUUACGGUAUGGCUCCAAAAUAUUGGAUAGAGCAGCCUUAGCUGGAUUACUGGUAGUUUUGGUGGCUUUUCUCGAUUGUCAGAAUCUGAUCCUGGCGAAAUCUCAUUACUUGAUGUACUGUCUGGCGCUUGCAAUGGAACCCAGAUGGUUGGUCACUUUGGAUGAAAAUUUGCAAACUCUACCGGUGUCCGUAAGGGUUGGACAAGCUGUGGACAUCGUGGGCAAAGCUGGCAAUCCUAAAUCCAUCUCUGCUGGAUACGUGCACACAACGCCAACGUUGCUUUCUUCUGGAGAACGGGCAGAACUUGCUUUAGACGAGUAUGAGCCGUUAUCUUGUAUUCUAGAAGGUUUCGUUAUUCUUCGGGAGAAGUUGAACAGCUCCUAAAUUUACUUCUGAAAUAAUAAUACAAGAUGAUGGGUAAUAAAAUAAAACCAGAUUGCGAAAGGCAACGCUGGGACAAAUGGUUUAUUUAUUUCACGAGAUAGUAAUAAGAAACAUGAUCGAUAGAAAUGUAUUAUGCAAGGCGAAGAAUUUACUAGGAACCAAAGUGCGAACGAUGUUUAUAUACGAUACAUUAUAAUUUUCCAUUCUGUUUUUAAUAAAAAGUAAAAAUAAUAUUUUUGAGAAAAACAGUUAAAAGAAAAUCUUGUACAAUGACCGAUCGAUAACUAUAUAUGUAUCGCAAUGUAUCACUUCGACAACGAUGAGAACGUGAAAAGAACGCAACUGAUCCGAGCAAAGAUUCAAUCGCGUCUGUAAAUCGCUUCGAUAAGAAUGUGAAGAGACGCGUGAAUCAGCUCCUUUCUUUGCAUCUUGCGUUUAUUUAACCUCAGGGACUAGCGGAAGCAAUGUGCUCUAUACAACAGAAACGUACAUUGGUUCGCAUUGCACGGUGUAAAGGACAAUGAUGCACCAUGAUCUGACAGCGGUCACGGUAAGAAUCACUUUAUCAUUCAUUGUCGUAAAUUAAAACUUAUAAACGUAUGACUCUUUUUAUUCGAGUAAAAAUAAAAAAAAAAAAAAAA